AUGAAUAAAAAAAGAACAGCUUACGUCUGGGAGCAAACCUUAAUAGAACAUUGUGAUCGUUUACCUGCAGUAAUUGGUAGAGCAUCAAUGGUUCAUGAUCUUAUAAGUGCAUAUGGACUUCUUAAAAAUAUUAAAGUGAUAAAAUCUAUACCUGCUACAAAUUCUGAUCUAAAGUUAUUCCAUUCAGAUUUGUAUUUAGAUCACUUAAAAACCUUUAACCAUGUUAGUGACGACUUUAUGCCUAGUGCUGAAGAUGAAGAGUAUGGUAUUGGAUAUGACUGUCCACCAGUAUCAGAUAUGUAUAAUAUCAUUUCCACUAUAGCAGGUAGUUCAUUAACUGCAGCUAAAUGUCUUUUGUUGGAUAUUGCAGAUGUUGUUAUUAAUUGGUGUGGAGGAUGGCAUCAUGCACAUAGAUUUGGAGCAGAAGGAUUUUGUUAUGUAAAUGAUAUUGUUAUUGCUAUUGAAAAACUUAGAUUGAAAUUUCCCAAAAUACUGUAUAUAGAUAUGGACAUACAUCAUGGUAAUGGAGUUCAAGAUGCAUACAAUAUAAGUAAAUCAGUAUUUACCUUGUCAUUUCAUAAGUAUGAACCAGGAUUUUAUCCUGGCACAGGCAGUUUGGAUGAUAUAGGAACAUUAAAUGGAAAAGGUUUUGUUUGCAAUAUACCUUUACAUGCUUGCUAUUCUGAUAAAACUUUUAAAUAUACUUUUGACAGCAUUUUCUCAAUGGUGUAUUCAUAUUUCGUUCCUGAUGCAAUAGUAGUACAAUGUGGGGCAGAUGCACUUGCAAGGGAUCCACAUGGUGGUGCGGGACUUACAUUAGAUGGCUACCAAUCUUGUAUUCGCAGUGUAAUUAACAAGUCAAAACCUACUUUACUUUUAGGUGGAGGAGGAUACAACAUAUCAAAUACUGCCAAGCUGUGGGCAUCACUCACGGCUUUGGUAACAGACAUAAAAUUGGAUAAUAACAUUCCUGAGCAUCAUUUUUGGCCUAAAUAUGGACCAGAUUAUACAUUAACUGUACAACCAUUAUUGGCUAAAGACCUGAAUACAAAAGAAUAUAUAGAGAACUGCAUAAGCAUAGUAGGAGGAAAUUUAAGAAAUUUUUUAGAAUCUAAUGAAAUCGAGGAAAAUGCAGAACCAUGUGCCAAAAAAAGAAAAGUGGAAAUUGAAGCCAAUGAUGUCAAAAUUCAUUCAAUGUUAAAAAGCAAAUUAAACUUCAAAUCUGAACAAAACAACAAGUCUAAAGAUCCUUACGAGUUCCUUGAUUAU